ACGAACAACACAUUGGGGGCACAUAUUCGUAUGCGUAUUCGAGCAACAGUGCACAAGCAGUGGCAGAACGUGUCGCGCCGCUUCGCAUCACAUCGCAUCAAUUUACCGAUCGUACCGUGGCACAUCGCAUCACAUAGCAACGCAUCGAAUCGAAUCAGAACUGAGUUCAACACUGGCAUACAUACUCUCAUAUACAUAUCUAUUGUGUAUUUAACUUCAAAUACUGAGCGAUUGAAAAGGAAAACAAACUGAAAAAAAGAGAAGAAAUUGCGGGUGUUAAAUUUUGCAUUGUAAUACACGUAAUUUGACGUGUUUGUGUAUGUGUUUUUCCUUUUUUUUUUGUUUUCAUUUGUAUGACUUCAUAGAAGCUUUGUUUGAUUGAUAGCUAAUCAUUGAAUGAUUGCGGACAGCUUUAGUCAUUUAAUGUGCGCGCAUCAAUGCCAGCGGUGGUAAUUACGCAGAUAAAGAGGCAUCCCCAAAGAAUUUGCUGCACUACAGUCAAAACAAAUUUCGACUUACCAUUGGCAUUUUACACGUUUUCGCGACGAUUGACAUACGGAAAAUGAAAUCCGUCGAACUUUUAGCUAAUUUCUGAUCUACCUAUUUGCUGGAAGCGCGAAAAUCACAACCAAGCCUCAAUGAAAAUUAUUAUAAUUUCCAAUUAGUCUAUGCGUCUAAAAAAAAAAACUAUUUACACGAAUUUAGUCUGCUCAUCUUCGCGCGGACUAUCUGAUGUUUGACUGCUGCCAAAGCUUAAAUAAAGCCGAUCAAUUUAGCGACGAUAUGCAACUGAGUGGCUAACUGACCGCAGAUCUCGAAUGUAUUGCUUUUAUUGUCCGUCGCAAGACGAAUGCCGUGAACUGUGUGUGGUGCUUGGCGUCUAUGAAGCGAGUGAGUUAGCGGAAAAUAGUGCAAAAUACAUAGAUAAACAAAAUAGAACCGAUUCUUCGAUGUGCGCUUCCAACAAGGUGUGAAGUGCAAUCUAUUCUCUAAUAAAGAAGAAAGCGGGAAAAGUGUUAAUAAAAUUUCUGACUGAUGAGCAACUAAAAACCCACAAAUUGUGUGCGUUAAAAGUGAUUUAAUGUUGCAUAGAAACUAAGCAAACCAAGAAGGAGGGGAAAGACUCUGCCAUAGACAAUAUAUACUUACAUAUUUACACAAAUACAUAUCUACACGUAAUAUGUGUGUGCAAUAAAAGUUUUCUCACAGUGCAAACUACUCAUACAUAAUUAUAAAAAUAAGGUUAAAAGUUUAAAGUAAACGUUUUUACGCGACUUUCCGAACGCGAAUUUCCCCAAAGCACUGAUAAGUCGAAUUUGAAAGGAGCAGAAAAACGGAAUAAGAAAGGAGUCAAUCUAUAACUAGCGAUAUUACUCAUGGAUCCAGAAAAUCAGUGCCCACAGUACGGCGAAGUGAAUCAACUUGGUGGAGUAUUUGUGAACGGUCGCCCUCUGCCGAAUGCGACGCGCAUGCGUAUUGUUGAAUUAGCGCGACUCGGCAUACGACCCUGCGACAUUUCCCGCCAACUGCGCGUCAGCCACGGUUGCGUCUCGAAGAUAUUGGCGCGCUACCAUGAAACAGGCUCCAUUCUACCAGGCGCUAUAGGCGGUUCAAAGCCGCGCGUCACUACCCCAAAAGUAGUAAACUACAUACGGGAACUCAAACAACGCGAUCCCGGCAUAUUCGCUUGGGAGAUCCGCGAUCGUUUACUUACCGAAGGAAUCUGUGAUAAGACGAAUGUGCCCAGCGUCAGCUCCAUUUCACGAAUAUUGCGCAACAAGCUCGGCACCAUCGGACAUCAUCAUCAUAGCGCCGCUAUGGUGGCGACAAAUAACACAAACUCUUCACCACACCAUCAUACUCACACACACACCCAUGCGCACCAUCACACGUCAGCGCACAAUGCAGGUGUUUCGGCUGUAGCGGCCACAGCAGCACAUCAUCAACACGCCGCCGCCGCAGCUGCGGUACACGCGCAUCCUCAUCUCUACAAUUCCAUUUAUCAACCAUAUAGCGCGUACAGCAUGAAGACAGCCGUAUCUUGUGGCAGUCCGUCACCACCACAGUCCACCCAAACUACUCAUCAGUUGCGUACGGCUGCAGCUGCAGCGGCUGCUGCACACUGUUGGCCAUCAUCGCACUCUGUAAGCGACAUUUUGGCACAUCAUCAGGCGGUGGCGUUGCGUGCCAGCUGUCAGGUGGGCAACACAAUGGGUGCGCUACCAACCGCACUGCCUAUGAACCCUUCACCGGUGGGUGGUGCAAUGGGUGCGGGUGCGCAACAGCUAAUAGGUGGCGAAGAUUGUGAUGGCAUGGCGAACAGCGCGGCGGCAGCCACACAAGUCGCAGUGGCGGCGGCUGCGGCGUCACAACAGCCCUACAACUACUACAUGUAUUUCCAAAAUACUGGCAUGCAUCAUCAUCAUCACCAUGGUGGUAUGAUGGCGGCAGGCGCGACGGGAUUAUGAGAACUGCGCUAAAAGGGCAGUCAAUUGUGAAAACAAAAGACACAGAAGCAACGGGAACGACAACAAUGCGAAAGUUGUCUCAUAUCACAGUUUUCUUAUACUGGAUGGAGAUUAAGGAAUGAAUCAUCAGUGAAUUUUAUUUUAGUUUAUAAGCAAUCAAUUAUAUUUGCUCAAUAGUAUGGAUUUAUAUGUAUUAAUUGUAAAUAUAUGUAUAUAUGUAAGUACAUUGGUGAUAUGACGAUCAAAGCUUAGAUGUCAAUUUAUUGAGAGAAAUGCAAAUUGAUUAAAUAUAAAUGUAACUGCAUUCCUAAUGUGGGAAAUUGCAUUGUAAUAGGUGGGUGAUACUUAUAGGUGGGUGGGUUCUUAACACUAAAUAACCACGCAACUGCAAGUCUUAGAAGUCAUAACUAGUGCGCCUAAAAAUAUGUUGUGAGAAUAUUUAUCAAAUAAGAAUUCAUUGCAUUAAGCUAAAAUCUUUUAGUCUCAUUAAUUACUUUUAUAUUUAUGUAUGCAGGACAACCGUUCAAGAUAAAGGUUAAAUAAGAGCUCAAACAAAUGCCACACUACCGGUGCGGUAGAAAAAUUUACGAUAUGCGAUCAAUGCAAAACCAUUGUGGUAUGCGCGAGCGCUGGAACAGCUUGGGUAGGCUGCGGCCAAAAACUACAUACAGUGGGUAACUUAAAUAUUCGGUUUUUUAUUAUAUAGUCCUAAAUUUGAAUUUUUUUAAAUAAAAUUUGAAAAAAAAUUAAUUUUUCAUUAAUAUUCGGUUUUUUAUUUUACGGUCCUAAAUUUGAAUUUUUUUAAAUGAAAUUUAAAAAAAAAAUGUUUCA